AUGAGACCUCCAUGAGCCCUGUAAAAGACAAAGUGCCCGGAAAUCAACCAAAUAUAAAAAGCUCCGAGAAGCCUCCUACAGUUUCUAGAUCAUCGAUAGGGUACAGUCAUGAGCCUUAUUCUAGGCUAGAGAAUUCUAGGGAACUGUUGUUGUCCCAAGGAUCCUUGAAUACCUUGGAUGUACAGGGCAGAAACCAUCUAGACUCAUCCAGAAACUAUUCAUCCCAACCUGAUUCAUCCACCAGACCAUUUUCAUCCCAACCUGAUUCAACCACCAGACCAUUUUCAUUCCAACCUGAUUCAUCCACUAGACCCUUUACCUCCCAGCCCGAGUCAUCCAAUCGGCCUUUCUCAUCCAAACCGGAGGCAUCCAACCGGCCCUUUUCAUCCCAACCGGAGGCAUCCAACCGUUCCUUCUCCUCCCAUUCGUCUGAUCCUCUGCGAACCUAUUCAAGCUACGGUCCUGAACCCAACCAUAGAACUCAGUAUUCACACAAUUCCUAUUCACAGGAUUUAGAUAACAGAGAAAAUAGAGGAGUAGAUUUUCAGGAUUAUACUCCCCGCUGUAGCCGUCACGCUGCUGCCCUCAGACUUACAGAUACAAAAAUACAGGAACUAGGGUCUAGAGAGGAUACAGUCGAGGUGCCAAUGGUGAACCUAAAUCAUUUCAACUCAAUGCCGACACUUAGAUCCUUUACUGAUUCCUUGGAUAAAGUUCCUCCUCCCUAUCCUCCUCCACCCCCUGUUCACUACAGGAGCAAUGGAAAACUAGGCAAUAAUGAUGCGCAGUGUAGUACGACAGGCCUGUACGGGAUGAGCGGUUUCGCAAACUCUUUCACAAACAUCCAUAAUACCAGAUGUAACAGCAGGGUUGAUUCUAAUCCACAUUGUUGCUCCUAUAAUAAUAGUAGUUAUGGAGGUUUUGCAAACAAAUCACAAUAUUUGAGACAAACACAAGAAGAACUUGAAAUGCACACAUGUCAGGAAAGAUUUGGAGAGAGGGCAUCAGAUGAACAAUAUUCCAGUAAUCCAACCUCACCAUCCAUUUACCAAACCAAACAUAGACACCAUAGAACCAGCCAUAGGAAACUUAGUGUCAGUUCCAUAGACUUAGAGAAGAAUGUGAGCGCGUUAUUUCAUAGAGACACUCUAAUAGCUCGGCUAUAAUAGCUCCAAUAUGGUUCUCUUGUUCAUCUCAAAUCGGGCUCGUAUUCUAGUUUAAGAUUGCUCGAAGGAUUUCUUUGUGAAAAAAGUGCAAAGUUAAGAUUGUGUACAGUACAGUGCACAGUACACUGUACACUGUACAGUACAGUGCACAGUACACUGUUCACUGUACAUUUUUAUAGAACAUUGAAGAAAACAGAUUAAAAACAAUAAAAAAGUUUUUCCAUUGUUAUCCUGAAUUAUCAUACGGUUCAUAAUCAGUGGAUAUAAUUAGGGGGGAAAUUUUGUUAUAAAAAACCGGAAAUCAGGAGAAUUUGUGUUCAAAAACCGGAUAUUAGGAAAACUUGUGUUCAAAAACCGGAUAUCAGGAAAAUUGUGUUCAAAAACCGGAUAUCAGGAAAAUUUGUGUUCAAAAAUCGGAUAUCAGGAAAAUUGUGUUCAAAAACCGGAUAUCAGGAAAAUUGUGUUCAAAAACCGGAUAUCAGGAAAAUUGUGUUCAAAAACCGGAUAUCAGGAAAAUUGUGUUCAAAAACCGGAUAUCAGGAAAAUUGUGUUCAAAAACCGGAUAUCAGGAAAAUUUGUGUUCAAAAACCGGAUAUCAGGACAAUUUGUGAUCAGAAGGCGGAUACUAGAAAAUUUUAUGUUCCACCAAGCGGAUAUCAGAAUUAAAAGUUUAUGUUCAAAAAGCGGAUUUCGGAUAAAAAAGGCAAAUUGCAGAUGAAAAAAAUUAAAUUACUGGAAAAAAGGAAAGAAAACAGACAAAUGAAAAAGAGCAUAGAAGAGGUUAAAAUCUAUGAAAAUGGAAAGAAAAUGAAAAAUGAAAUGUACAAGAUGUAAAAAUACAGAAAAUAGGAAAACAGUGAAAAAGUUUAUUAAACUAACAAUAUCUGAAGAUAUACAACAUUUAUUAUAAAUGAUUGUAUACAAUUGCUGUGUUGUGUAUUCAAUAAUUUAAAAUGUACGGAGACGGCUUAUAGUACUAAAUGUACAAUAAAAUGAUAAGAUGUACACAGUGUGCAACUAACAACAUGUCAAGAUGUAUAAUCUACAUAUAAAGUGAAAUGCGAAAGUUAGAAAAGAUACACGUAUACAGUACAACAAGAAACUUCAGAAUUCAAUUGGCCAGUGAGAGUUUAUGAUAUUCAAUGUAUGUAUUGAAAUUUUCAUUGUUAAGAGAACAAAAGAUGUACGCUGUAAAUUUGAUUUGAGUUUUAUUUACAAAUAAUAGACAAACUAUGUACUAGGUUUUCCAAAUCUUAUCAUUUCUUUGAUUUUCAGUUUUUUACAAGAUAAUAAGAUAUGCAAAAUAGUCAAUUUAGUAGUUUUCAAUUGUACUGUUAACUUAAAAGAUUUGAUAAUUCCUUCAACGUUUAUUAGAUGUUUACAAAAUGUUCAUUUAAAAAAAAUAAUUCAUUAUGCAAAGGA